ACAGGGCAGAACAUAUAUUACAAUUCAUUUUUUUGCGAAAAUAUAUCCGUUCCCACAUCUGUCUACAAUCAUUUUGUUGGUGUGUCACGAGCUCAUUGACAGGCGGUUAGUGACGUAGAACUUGGAAUGGCUAGCUUAGCAUUGUCAAGAACUUAUUCCUCCACUAGACUAAACAUUGGGCCUGAACUUGCUCAUGGUCUCGCAAUUUCACAAUAAGUUUAUCUACAGUAAAAGUACGUUUGAAGAAGUGUAUAUAUUAAAGGACAAUUCGGAUAUUAAAAUACUGGGUAGCUCGCUACACCGAAACUGUACGCAACCUAUGACAGUGGGAGAUUCAUUCUCUAGCGCUAAGGUAACGCGUUGGCUAGAUAGCUCGCAAGCUAACGUUUUAGCCAGUUUAGUUGAAUAGUCAUUCGACACGUUUCCGAGGCUAGUAUUGAGACCGUAGCUAGCUAACGUCAGCUAGGAAACUAGUCAACGUUAGUAGCUAGCACUUGCCACUGUCUUGUGUGCUAGUUUAACUACGGAAACGUUAAUACGGUAACGUUAUCGUUACCUAGCCAGCUGCUUGCUUGAUGGUUUAUGUUGUGUGCUAGUCAAUUACUGUACCAGCAUUACAUAUAUAUAUGGCUAGCUAGCUUAGCUAUUAGUUGUCUAGCUUUGAGAACAUCAACAGACCACAUCGAUACUUCUGGGAAUCAGCUGACAGCUGCAGGCAGCCAAGGAGACCAGUGAUGGAUCAACUUAAAGUCAAGGACCGAAUAUUGGAAAACAUUUCUUUGUCUGUCAAGAAGUUGCAGAGUUACUUUGCUGCCUGUGAAGAUGAAACCCCAGCCAUUCGGAAUCACGACCGGGUCCUACAGCGGCUGUGUGAGCACCUCGACCAUGCACUGCUCUAUGGGCUGCAGGAUAUCUCCUCAGGUUAUUGGGUCCUGGUUCUACACUUCACCCGCAGGGAAGCGGUCCGGCAGAUAGACGAGCUCCAGCACAUAGCAACCAACCUUGGGCGAAGUCGUGCCUGGUUAUACCUAGCACUGAGUGAGAGCUCCUUAGAAAGCUACCUCCGUCUCUUCCAAGAGAACCAAGGAUUGCUGCAGAAGUAUUACUUCAAAAAUGCAUUGGUAUGCAGCCAUGAUCACCUCACGCUCUUUCUCACUUUGGUGUCGGGACUGGAGUUCAUUCGCUUUGAUCUGGAGUUGGAUGUCCCCUACUUGGACGUGGCCCCCUACAUGCCGGAGUACUACAAGCCUCAUAACCUUCUGGACUUUGAGGAGCGUCUCCCAAGCUCGGACAGCCUGUCCCUGCACUCUUUCACCUCCACCAACCUGGAAUGGGAUGACAGCGCCAUCGCCCCGUCCAGUGAAGAUUAUGAUUUCGGUGACAUCUUCCCCGUGUUGCAGCCAAGUGCAGACUGGGAAGAGGGUGACCUCACCGACCCAGUCAGCUGUCCUCGCUCAAAUGCCUCAGACCCUCAGACGGUCUUCAGUGAUUCUGUGAUUCUCCGGGCAGCCGCUGCCGUCAUCACAGUGAGGGGAACGCCGCCGCCACCGCCCCGCAGCCCCACCUUCAGACACAACCCCUUCAACGAGUACUCGGACACCAACACCUCGGCUGACAUUACACCCGUCCACACAGCCAGCUGCCACCACGACACCAGGGACGACAUGGAGAGCAUCAGCAACGAGCUAGAGGUUAUCAGGAUGGCCAGACGAAGGAAGCCAUCCAAAAAGCGCUGUAGCGUGAAAAGCUCCACAGUGAGCGGUGACCAGAACAAUGUGGCCUUCGAGCAGGCGGAGGCAGACGACAGAGCCCCGGCUGGAUGUGAGGGACCAGAAGGAGACACCUGGAGCCCCUCUGUGGGGUUGCCGCAGGGCUCAGGGGGGGCUGAGACGGCGAGGAGGAGGAGGAGCAGCAGGAGGGAGACAGGGGAGGAGGAAGAGUCAGAGGGCCUCCUGCGGCUGCCGGAGAUGACAGACACCUCCAUGGACAGCGUUGGCCAGCCCCUACGUGACGUCAUGGACCGGCUCAACGGUGCUCUGGAUGGGGAGAAGACCUGGGGGCGAUCAGCUGGAGAGGAAGAAGAAGAAGAGGAGGGGGCAAAAACCCAGCAGAGUUCCCUCCCCAGAAGGCCCUCCUCCACCAGCCUUGAAGCCAACCCGCAGCCCCCGGAGCAGCAGCCCUUUCGAGGGGAUUCGAUGGGUGAGCCGCCUGACCCGGAAGCCAGGCACCCCCCCCUGCUGCGCCCUGCUCUGGCCCCGAGUCCCAACUUCCUGCAGGCCCCCCCGGCUCCUGCAGACUUUUACUGCUUUACCCCCCACAGUCCAGAUGCUGCUGCCCUGCGUAGUGGCCACCAUGACACUGCAGGGCAUGGCCAGUCACAGGCUCUUCUUGGUGGCCAUGAAGUUGAGGCAGAGGCACCGCCAGGACAGGACCCCUCCCUAGAGGAGGAAGAGCAUGAUGAGGAGGAAAAGGUUGAGACAGUAAUGGUUGAGAAUGGAUUGGCUGCUGGAGAAACUGAAAAGGAGACUGAAGAGGACAGGCUCAGUCCAACGGAAAACUCUCAUCCUGCAGAAUUCAAGGUGGACAACAAUCACCUGCUGCUGCUCAUGAUCCACGUCUUCAGAGAGAAUGAGGAGCAGCUCUUCAAGAUGGUGAGGAUGAGCACGGGUCACAUGGAGGGGGACUUGCAGCCUCUCUACCUGCUGCUGACUGACUGUUACAUCUACCUGCUGAGGAAAGGUGCAGCGGAAAAGCCCUAUACAGUAGAGGAUGCCAUCUCUUACAAUGAGUUGGACUUUGUCUCUGUGGGCUUGGACCAGCAGACAUUCCUGCUGGUGUGCACCAACAGAAGACGGCAAUUCCUCCUGGACACGGCCGACUCAUCGCUUACUGUCUGUUUUUUGGCAGCCCUGACGUCGGCCAUGAUAAAGGGGUGCAGGGAGCCCCCCUACCCCUCUGUGCUGACCGACGCCACCAUGGAGAAACUGGCCCUCACCAAGUUUGUCUCCCAGGAGUCCCACUGUGAGGUAUCUCAAGUGAUCAUUCGCCUGUAUUCUUUGAUUCACUGGGAGGACCCCAUGGAUGUGACUCUGGCCACCCAGACAGCCCUGGUGGGCGCUGGCGACUCGUCCAGCACUAAAGAGGGCCCCCUACUCUACAGAGCAUGCACCACCUACCUGGGCAAGGAGCUGUGGAAGAGCUGUUACCUCGUACUGAGCAAAGGGGUUCUCUACCAGUAUACAGAGAAGACUGAUGCGACACCACUAAUGUCCAUCACUAUGGGGGGCGGGUACUGCGGAGGUUGCCGGCGCUCCAACAGCACAGAGCAGCCUCAUGCCUUCCAGGUGAUCCUGACAGAGCGGCCUCCUCUGGAGCUGAGUGCCGACAAUGAGGGAGACAUGGCCGACUGGAUGCUGGUGCUCUGCCAGUCUGUCUCCAAAGGGGUGAUCCCCCAGGGCGUGGCCCCCACACCGUGUAUUCCUUGUUGCCUGGUGGUGACAGACAGGAAGCUGCUGACAUGCCACCAGGACUGCCAGACUAGCUUCUUCCGCUCGCUGGGCGGAGCUGAUCUCUCUGAUGUCACUGCUGUCAGUCUGGAGGACGACAAAGAAUACUGUGUUGUUGAGUUUGCAGUGGAUAGGGCUCAGUUCCUGCCUCCCUGGGUGUUGUACUUCAGCGGAUGUGAGGAGAGAGACCGCCUGCUGGAGGCGCUAGAGAGUGCCUGGAGAGACAUUUUCCAGGUGUGUCUGCCUCGUAGGAGGGUGUCAGAGCCGUCGGUGCAGAAGCAUUGUGGCGAGGCCUUGGCUCUGAUGAGGAGUGCCUGGCAGAGAAGUGACAGCCUUGCCCGGGGACGUGCCCAGAGAGAGCCCUGGUGCUGACAGACUGGUGGAUGGACAGAUAGGACAAAAGGCUUUCACUAACACUCCUAUCUAUUCCUACUCUACACAUCAGGGUCAUAGUCAAUUGCAUUCAAAUGUUAUCAAUUCUGCAAGUGAAUAGAAAAUGUACCAUUAUUUUCUAUGUGGAUUUGUCAAAUUUAAUUUCAACUGGGUGACUGAGUUUGAAUGGAAUUCACACCAAACCUGUUACAUAUAUGAAAACAGCCAUAUAGAUAGAGGGAAACGCACCCUCCGUUGUGUCUACAUUAUGAAGAGUAUACGGUAAGUUAAGCAUAUGAGGAUGUGUCUUUAUGGGAUGUUGCGAGACAGACAGCAGUUUGAAUCUCUGUUCACACUCCUGGCCUUCACAAAUAUGUAUGUAGGGCUGUGACAGUCAUGGCAUUUUGGAUGACGGUUAUUGGUCAGGCAAAUGACUGGUCACUGUUUUAAUCGUUUGAGUAGCAAAAUGUUUUUUAUAUAAUAUAUAUAUGUAUAAUUUUUUUUUUAAACACUAAUUUUCUCCUCUCCUUCGCUCCUUACUGCACGUGCUGCUUCUGCAGAGAGGGGGUCAUUGCCUAGGCAACUGAAGACUGUUGCUAAAACAUCUUGCUUGUUUCAGCAAGGAGCAACAAAGUUUCAUCAUGUUGUAAAGAGUCCAUGUUACCUCUGAAAGGGACUCAACUGCACAAUGCCUGUGGUCCUGUCUUCAGUCAGCUCAUUCAAUGUAAAAACAAAAAAAAACAUUUUUUACUGUUAUUUUAUUUUCAUGAUUGUCUUCAUCCAUAAUCGUCAGUUACACAAUUACACGGUAGUUGUGCCAGCCCUGUAUGUAUGUAUGUAUGUAUGUAUGUAUGUAUGUAUGUAUGUAUGUAUGUAUGUAUGUAUGUAUGUAUGUAUGUAUGUAUGUAUGUAUGUAUGUAUGUAUGUACGUUCUGCUUGACUUUCCUCUUCUCGUUGAGUCGGCCGUCAGGGGAGGAGGUGCACUCGUUAUAGAAUAAGACGUUCACUCACAUAUGAGGUUCUUUUGAACCUUAACCAACACACUACAUGUCUAGUGCGUAUGUAAAACGCGGUAUAGUAUUGAAUUAUAGUAUUGUAUUUUUAUCAAUCCUUACGCAAAUGUACAUUGCCCAUCUCUCCAUGAAUCCAGACCUACAUUGAUUUAGUCUUGUAUAGGUUUGUCUGUUGUCAAAUACCUCAAACAAAACCCUUCUCUCCCAUGCAAAGGUUGUGAUAGUUAUUCUUCAGUCACUUGAAGUGGCAUACACUAUUAGUUACAGCACUCAUCUCUUGCCUUGGUCGGCCGUCUUGGUUUACCAUUGGGUUUUCCACCUUUUAGUUAUGUCGGGUUGGAUGGUCAAAGUUAAUAUUAAAGUAUCAGAGCGGAGAAUGGUCUCAACCUAGCAUGGAUACACUUUUAACAAGAAGGAUGAGAGGAGAGAGUAACUUGCUGUUGAAUGCGAGAUUGCACAUUGCUUUUGGGUUUCAGCCGUGGUGAUUUUAUUUGAGGGUAUUGAUAAGUUCAUUGGGGUUCUGUGCGAAGUUCAUGUUCAGUGCUGCUUUUAAAUAUAAGCACCAAUGGGAGCAAAUAGUUGUUUAUUUGUAACACGACCUGUUAUGUGAGUCUAAUUGUAUGCAAUUUAUAAAGGGGAUAUAUUUGCUUUUAUUUUGCGUGGUUUGUUCUAGUCAUUUGGCACACACCUCUAUCCUUUGAGGGGAGUGUCUGUCAUUGCAUUGUAUGUGUUGCAAGUGGCCUGGUCAAGAUGUGGGAUAUGUCAAUGUUCUACAACAGGUGGAGGCAUCAGUGCAUCCCUACUUUAUUGCACAACGUGUCAUUUUAUUGCUCUGGAGACUCUGUUGAGCAAUGACAGACCAUUGCUUUUAGUCCAGUAGUUAUAGUACAACCAGUCCAUAUGCAUUAGUAAAUAAAUAAAAAGCAGUUUGACUAGAGAUGACACUACUUUAUUCAUAUGAUUUGUCAUCGCAUUAAUCCAAUUUACCCCUUACAAUGUAUCCCCCACAUAAUUAAAUGCAAAUCCUCACAUUCAUUUGUUUGACAAUGUAGCUAAUUAUUUAUGUAGACAUGUUAUGUGAAAGUAAGAUUUUUGUGUUGCUGUUGACAAGAGGGGAAUUUAUCCAAUGCCAUGGCUAUCCUGAAAUUGCUCAAGGGCAGAGUGAUGCUAAGACUUUAAAAUGUAUGCCAAACAAAAAACUGGUGAUUGUAAAGUUAAACAAACCAUACAACUCUGCACAAGGACUACUUUGAACUAUUUCCACAGAACAUUUGACAAAAACACAUCUACUUGAACAGUAAAUGUGUUUGUCAAAUUUUCAAUUAAAAUUUUUAAAAGUCAUCGUUGUGGUUUGUUUAAUUUUGCAAUCAGUUUUUUGUUCACCAUAGAUUUUUUUAAAGUGAAAAAUCUUGAGUCUCAGGAUCACUCUGUUACUGUGGAAUUUACUUCAAUCAUCAGGAGAAUGUUUCUGGAGGCUUUCAGUUUAAUUGCCUGUUGCUCCUAAUAAUCGUGUCCCUUUUCAUUACCUUCAUUUGAUUGGCGAUAAUGGCCUCAGGCCCCGUUUUGACCAAAUAAACUACUACUCUUGAAUGUGGCCUUAUACUGCUGCUGGCUGAUUAAAAAUCAGUGAAAUUAAUUUGCUGGGUUGUGAAUACACAAUGUGUGUGUUCCCUGUCCUCCAAUUGCAUUAUAGUAUUCUAUUCUACUGUUUCUGUAGGCGUGGGAAGCCGACAUCCCAGAGUAUAGCUUCUCAGGUUAGAAAUGUUACAAAUAAUUUAAAUGUAGUACCCUAGAUCCCAUGCAGAAAAGACCCAACACCUCAAGCCAGAGAAACCAUGUCCUACAUUUUAGUUUCAACUGACUUCCGCUAUUUUAUAUCCCCUUUCUUUUGUUGGUACUUAUCCCUUAGUUUUCUAAGCAGUGGAGUUAGAGAGCUCACUGGAAGUAAGAAUGUUAAAUUAUGUUCUAGAGAAAUGUACAAUUGCGAUACUUAAGUAUUUGAAAGGUUUGUCAAUAUUUGAUUGAGGAAAGGAAAUAUGAAGCAUCUUGGCUUCAUAUCCAGAGUUAAGUGAAGUUUGUCUUUAUGAACAGUAAUUUAAAUGUUGGACAUUGCUGGCCAAUGGUGGAUUACUUCUUUUGAUUGACUACUUGUGAAAAUAAAAUAGUUUUUACGUUUGUUUUUAUAUCUAUAUAUAUAUUCUUUGUAUUGUGUUUAGCUGUCUUUUUUUUAUUUGAAAUGUAUGAAACUAAUGGGAUUGCUCUAUUGUAUGAUAACCUGUGAUCAUCACACUAAAACCUGCAUGUAUUUAGUGUUUUUAUAUUGCUAAUAAUGAAUGUACAAAAAACCUUGUGAAUAGAACAACAUGAAUAAAGAAAUUCAAACCAUA